AUGUUGGUUUACUCAACUUACGCUGAUUUUAUAAGUUUAAGUGUUGGGACAGCAGCUGCCGGGGCUAUGGGUUACGGUAUCUACUCGUUCAACUACAUAAAAUGUUCCUAUUUCGAGUGCUGUGAAGUGCCGUGGAUACAUGACAGGAUUACAUAUCGUAAGUAGCAUGUAUGUUAAGGUACUGAUCAUAUUUAUAUUUUAUAUUUACUUGUUUUGUAUAUUGUUAUAGUUAAUGUUUUUCUUAGGUCUUCGAAAUCAAAUGGAAAACGCGCUUUAUGGUCAGCACAUCGCGAUAGAAAACGUACUGAAGGCUGUGAAUGCUCACUUAAGUAAUCCGUAAGUCUUCAUAAUGUUGUGUUGCCUUCGUUUGUUUUGUGGGUCUAAUAGAAUUGUUACAGUAACCCUAGGAAAGCAUUGACAUUAAGCUUUCAUGGUCCACCUGGCACGGGCAAGAAUUAUGUAGCAGGAAUGAUAAGGAAUGCUAUGUUCAAGAAGGCCGAAAAGUCAGCGUACACUCAUCUGUUCGUGUCUACAAUGCACUUCACUCAACCCGAUUUGGUACCACAGUAUCAGGUAUGGUUGUGGUCAACUUUUUUUUAAAUAUUGAUUUAUGUUUUGAUUUUUUUAAAAAUAAAUGUAUUAAAAAAUGUGACAUUUGAGUAUUUCAGCGGCAGAUACGGAACUGGAUCGUAGGCAACUUGACCAACUGUGAACGGCAACUUUUUGUUUUCGACGAAAUCGACAAAAUGCCUGCGGGCGUUUUGGAUGCAGUUCGGCCUUUCAUGGAUCACUACGAGAAUAUAGGGACAGUAGAUCCUCGAAAAAGUAUCUACGUGUUUCUGAGUAACGCUGGUGCUAAUGGUAUUAUCAAGAAGACAUACGACCAUCACAAGGCGGGACAAUUGCGAGAGACAUUGACAUUAAACGACUUUGAAGAUGUCAUAAGGAAUUCUGCUUUUAAUGAAAGUAGGACUUUUAUAUGAAACUUUAUGUUACAAUUUGUGAGUUACAACAAUAUUUUAUUGCUCUAUGUAACCUUCAUUUUGUAUUACCUAUUCUUUGUUUCUUUGCUUAAGAGCACCGUCUCACAAUUUUAGAAGAUAGCGGGCUAAAGAACAAUGAAAUGGUGACUCGACAUCUGAUCGACACUUUUGUGCCGUUCCUGCCUUUGGAAAGAAGUCAUGUAGCCAGCUGUGUCAAGUAUUACAUGGAACAGAGGCGUCUGUUGGUGACAGACGAGCGAGUAAAUGACAUUGUGAAUAUGCUAAAAGUAAGAGAAACCUAACUAAUUAUUCCUAAAGUACAUUGCCAUAUGUGUUUGUGUUUUUGCUUUGUGUUUCCAAUUUCCAUAACUAAAAAUGUAUUAUAGUUAUAUCGUUAUACUUGUAUUUUCAGUAUCAUCCUACACCCGAGCCAAUAUUCUCAACUUUUGGCUGUCGACCUGUCACAUCCAAGAUCGACCAAACUUACAGUUACGAAACCACCGUACAUACCUCUCAUCUUGAUGAUGACCUAUAA